CAGGAGGAGGAGCGAGGCCGCCCCGCGGAAGGAAAAGGGGCUCCCGCGUCCUCCUCGCCCUCCGCGCCACGAAGAAGGGCCUGCAGCGCCGGGAAAGAAGCAAGGCGCCCGGGGGGUCUCCGGGUGAAGGGGAGCAGAAGUUGAAUGAUGCUGAUUGGAGCUUUGACACGUCAGACGGGCUUAUUAAGGAGGCGACCCUCCUGGGAUACAGGCAGGAGUUUUUGGGGAUGGCUUAAUGCCGUUUUCAACAAGGUGGACUAUGAGCGGAUCCAGGCCGUGGGCCCAGACAGAGCCGCUUCGGAAUGGCUCCUUCGGUGUGGGGCACACGUGCGUUACCAAGGCUUGGACAAAUGGCAGCAAGAUUACAACGGACUCCCUUCGGGACCAUUAGGGAAAUAUAAAAUACAGUCAAUUAAUGCCACAGAAUCCUGCAUCAUGGCCAAGGGAUUUGAUUAUUUGGAUGGCCUGGAGCACGUUGAGGAAAUCCGGCUUUGCAAGUGCAUGUACAUCUACGACGAGUGUUUGCAGCGGCUGAGCCAGACGCCCAACCUGCAGAGAAGCCUCCUGCGCCUCUGGGUCAUUUCCUGCGGGAACGUCACGGACAAAGGCAUCAUUGCUCUGCAUAAGCUCAGUAAUCUGGAAUAUUUGUUUUUGAGCGACCUACCUGGGAUAAAAGAGAAGGAAGCCACUGCUCAGACCCUCAGGCAAUCAAUGCCAGGCUUGCAGCUAGAACUGGACUUGGAUUAAAGGCAUUGCCACCUCAUUGGGCCUCAUAGUCUUCUUAAUCCUGUGAAAGUUGUGGAGGUGGAGAAUUGCUCAGCCCACUGUUGUCUCUGCAGCAUCUCUGUGCUCCAGCCUCUCAAGGGAGGUCUCUGGCAGCCUCUGCUUUUGGAAGUCCCUUAAGUGGUGAUGCUACAGCUUGGUCAAUGCCAGGCAUGCAAUCUGUCCUUAAGUUACUCCCCCCCCUUUCCAUAAAACAAGACUACAACACCCCUGGUCACUUUCUGAAGAGCUCUUUUGUUGUUGAAGAUGUUGACUUUGGAUGCUAAAUCAUGGAGGUUUGGGCAAUCUAAGGUCAAUUAGAUUCCUACAGAGAACUAUAUACUUUUCCCAAAGGUUUGUUUUUUUUACUACAAAGUCAUCUUAACUCCCUGUCCCCUUCUGCUUCGUCGUCAUUUAGUUGUCUUAGUCGUGUCCGACUCCGUGACCCCAUGAACCAGAGCAUGCCUUGGAAAUUUCUUCUCAAAGCUGCUCCUUUUUAAUGUCCAUGGAGUUUUCUUGGCAGGGAUACUGGAGUGGCUUGCCAGUUCCUUCUCCAGGUAGAUCACAUUUAGUCUAAACUCUCGGCUAUGACCUGUCCGCCUUGGGUGGCCCUGCACGGCAUAGCUCCUAGCUUCUUGGAGUUAUUCAAGCCCCUUCGCCACGACAAGGCAGUGAUCCAUGAAGGGGCCCCUUCUGCUUAGACAAACCAAAAAUAUUUGAUGCUCUGACAUCAUCAAGGAGAUGAUGGCGCUCAUGGUAAUUUACAGAGUAAUGUAAGCGGGGUAGGUAGGGUGGAAAUGAACUAGAAACAACUCAGAGUAAUAUGCUGUUUACUGUUUCCUACGCAAGCAUUACAGACAUUGGUUUAUACCAGGCAAAAUCUGGUAGUCGUUUGCCGGAAACAUGGCAUAGCAAAACUUGGCUACAGCUUCUAUGGAGCAGCUCCGAUAACCAGCGGAUUUUGCAGAGGGCUGAUCUUGCAAUCACAACACAUAGGUACACAUUUCUUCCAGCUAGACGGAUCUCCUGGAGAGGGUGUCGUUGCCAAGGCAGCCAUGACGCCCUCCCUACAGGCACAGCUGGGAGCUUCAUAGGACCG